ACCGAGCAAAAAAACUGGCACUAGAUGAUCAAACUGAUGUAAUUUUAUGUCGGUGGCAACUGUCCAAGCGGAAAUUUUUGUAUUCUUGUUCUUCAAAUUUUAAGUAAAAUUCAAAAUCUACUUCAAGAAAUCAAUACCAAUCAAUACGAAACUUGUGUUGCCUUAAAUUGUUAAAAAUGAGCGGAAAAUUUACGUUUGACGAGUCUUCCAGUCCACAAAACGAAGUUGACAUGUCUGAGAAUUUGCUUCACGGGUUUCCUUGCGUUGACAGUCCAUCAAGUGUCGACUCUGGUAACUCAUCAAGUCCCAGUUCGCCACAUCUUGCAACAGAUGGGUCUUUUUCUUCGGGUCAGGAAAGUCCAGUUGAAAAAAGCCUUAGUUCACCAGAUGUCUGGGAAUCCCAGCUUUCGCCUACAAAAACUUCUGCCGUUCCAGCUGCAGAAAAAACAGUGAAAAAAUUAUUAGAGCUUCUUGUUGCUGCAAAAACUGCUGGAGAGCGGUCUUUGAUAUCAAAUCUUUUGACUACACUUGUUACUAAUUCUCUUGCAAAAAACAACCCAUCUCUGCAUAAAUCCUUGGUUAUUAAAAGUGAUUCUCAGAAUAAGCAGACUGCUGGUGUUAAAAGACCAGCAUCUCUAGGCAAUGAGAGCAUUAUAAAUAAAAAACAGAAAACUGCUCCAUGUUCAAUCCCUAUAAAACCUUCAAUUGUUAUGAUAGAAGAGCCUGAAAAGAACUAUAGAGCACGUUAUGAAAGUGAAGGUUGUCGUGGACCUGUUCAUGGAUCUACUGAGCUCACUUUUCCAACAUUUAUGGUUCAAGGUUAUAAUGCCCCUUUAUGGGUGACUGUGUAUCUUGCUACCAGCAAUGGCACACCUCAUUUUCAUUUGUUAUGUGGUCCUGGUUCGACCAAAUUGCCUUGUCGUAAUAUUACUUUGAAGGAUGAAGUAACUGCCAUUCAAGUUUUGGUUGGUCCAGAGACUGAGAUGACUGCUGUUUUGGAUUGCAUAAGUUUGAAGAGGAGAAGAAAUUUUGAAGCAGACAAAGAACUUCGAAGAAGAGGUUUAAACCCUGCCAAUUGGAAAUCAGAGAGGAAAGAAGCAUGUUUUGUAAUGACUGCAGAAAUUCCUGGUAGCCCCAAACAAACAAUUUCUUGCAAAUCCAAAGUCUUUCAAUGUACUGCUCCUCCUGGAAAUCCUGAAAUUUGGUGGAUGAAACCUGUUGAGGGUUCUGUUACUGGUGGUGAUGAAAUUGGCAUAAUUGGAAAGAAAUUCUUAAAAGGUUUUCAAGUGCGUUUCUAUGGAGAAUUACCUAGUGGCGAAGGUUGGGAAGCUUAUGGGGAGAUAAACAGAAGCAAAUCAAACACGGGUGCGUGUGUGGUUAAAUCCCCACCUCUACCUGCAUCGUGCGUAACAUCUCCGUUAAGCGUUAAUGUGGAGAUAAGUGGUGACAUAGCGAACAAUUAUACUAGCAGCGAUUCCGUUCCGUUUACGUAUGUACCUGUUCCGCCACCAGCUCCUGAACCAAAAGCAAUCGUGUCUCCUCUAGAUGAAGAGUUACCAUCUCUCGACCAAGAUACGCAAGAACUGUACGAUUUAUUUCGUGAUAUUUCCCAAGUGACGACAGAUUCGGCGUACAUUCUUGAUCUUGGUAUUGAUGCGCUCGACAAAGAAUGGAAACAAAUUUUGGACUCCAUAGAAGAGCUUUAUCGGACGAAGCAAAUCACUGAGUUCCAGCAGAAGGAACUCAAAUUCUUAGUGUCCCAGCACGACACUAUCCUGCUUGAAGCAUUUCGAACGACCAAACAUUCCGUUACAGAUUCGGAGUUUCUGCACGUUUUUUGCCAAUAUCUUGCUGGUCUAAGUAAUUCAGUUUCGUCAAAUUAGGAAAUUUUAAUAAGAUGGCACUUGGCACUUUUGGUAUAUUGGUUUUAAGACAGCAAGAUUUUAGCAAAAUGAAAAAGUAUAUAGAGGAAAUUGGUUUGAGCUAUGUUCAUUUAAUUUUUAAUUGUUAUGUUGCUCAAAUUUUGGUUGCGAGAUGCAGGAAAAUUUUGUGAAUUGGUUGUAACUGUCAAAUUGACAGUUGUCAAAUAGAAUUUCUAUAAAGCAGAGAUAAUAUAAUUUAUUCAUUAAAUUCUUGUAAUAGUGGUUAUUAUAUAACUUGUAAAAUAAAAGAGUACCAACAAUUAUGUAAAGUUGCGUCCUAUUUCUAUGUAUUAUAUAGGUAUGUACUUUUCCUUGUAAAUUUAAAAUACAUAAAAUGACCUUUGAUUUACCAUAA